AAAAUAGUCCCAAAUAACCAAAAGAAAGAAAUCCAGGCCCAACAAAACUCCACAAACACAAACAAACACCAAAUGAAUCAAACUUUACGAUUCAGAACUGUGUGACAAAGAGACUCCGAAAGAGUGAAACGGAAAAAUGGGAAGGAAGAAAGGGUAUGUCGAAUUCGAGGAAUCUCCACCGGACGAUUUUGAUCCGGCGAAUCCUUACAAGGAUCCGGUGGCUAUGUUGGAGAUGAGGGAACACAUCGUCAGAGAAAAAUGGAUCCAAAUUGAAAAGGCUAAGAUUAUUAGGGAAAAGCUUCGUUGGUGUUAUCGCAUUGAAGGUAUUAAUCAUCUUCAGAAAUGUCGUCAUCUUGUUCAACAGUAUCUUGAGUCUACACGUGGUAUUGGUUGGGGCAAGGACGGUCGUCACCCUUCUCUCCAUGGACCAAAAGUUGAGCCAGUUGAGUCCGAAUAAUUUCCCCAUGGAUAAAUAAAAGGGAAGUUUUAUUACCCAAAUGAUGACAUUGCCGAAAUCAGAUUGUAGGUGGAGGAAUGCCUAUUGUUCAAGCUGUUGUGUUUUGUUAAUUUUCCAUAGUCAGAUUUCCUGUGAACUACAAUUGUAUUUCGCCUUGAGCAAAAGUACAUGAGAUUGUGAAAUAAGUUUCUUUGUUCUUUGCUAUAUGAUUGUUGCGUGCUUCAACAAUUGAAUGUGUUCUCUACUGCAUUCCUAAUAUUUAACAUGACAUACCUUUAUUAAUUUUAAAACCUCACCAUUUCCAGUUA